AAGCAAGGCAUGACAUGUAGCAGUAUAUAAAGAUGGGGAAUUCACAAACCCUCAUUUGUCACUGAAUGGACCAGUUCUGUGCUGAGGACGGACUGCGAUACUGACAGCGCACCUGUUUAUCUCAAGAUGUACAUCUCACUGCUUUUCAAGGUCACACUGUUGUUAACGUUGGGGGUACUGUUGCUCGGAGCAGAUCGUUCUCCUGCAGAGCGGAAAGGAAGAAACAAAGAACGGAGAAGGGCUCCAGCUAAAAAGGGCCCCCUGCAAAAAUCCAAAAAACUGCAGCUAAUUCUCGAUUCUGCAGAAGAAAUCCAACCAGAUACCUACCAAAUAUCUCCGAGGCAGUCAGUAUCACCGUGGACGUAUGAGGUCUCUUACGAUGAGUCGCGCAUUCCGAGCCGCAUCUUCGAGGCGAAGUGUGAGAGAACGGGCUGCUUGAGCAAAGACGGGAGUGAAGACCCUGGUCUGGAAUCGAAACCCAUCUACUAUCAAUUCCUGGUGCUCAGAAGAAUCCAAAAAGGCAAAAAGAAGAAUUAUUCCUUCCGGCUGGAGAAACACACCACCAGCGUGGGCUGCACAUGCGUUGUACCCAAAAUCAUGUCUCACAUGUAGCGCUGCUGUGACGUGAAAUCUGACUGAAAAUCAUCUUCACAGCUCUUCAUACCAGCCUUUCACAGUCAC